GGUUCAUGAUGUGUUUCUUGUUAGUCCUCACAUAGUUCCGCCCCCAGGACAACCACACUUUUAUUUUAUUUCACUUCAUUCGUACCUUUGUCUAUUUGUUGGAGGGAAGGCUUUGUCUUCUAGUAGAAUCAGUCGGAAGAAUAAUUCACCAGGAAUAUUCAUCAUAAUUAAAAGAAAGUAUAAAGUAGUAUUUCAGUGACCCAUAUAUAGCUAUUAACUUAAUUGUGACAGUACUAUCUAGAGACAGAUAGAUAUGGAAAUUACAGUGGGGUUGGCAUUGGUACUAGGAGUUGUGCCACUAAUAGGGUGGUGGUUGUGGUGGUGGAAUGACCUCUGGUAUGGCCUCCCAGUUAAACUCCGGUGUUUCCGUAGCGGCACCAAGCUCCCUCCCGGUCACAUGGGCCUUCCUUUCUUUGGAGAGAUGCUUACCUUCCUUUGGUACUUCAAACUUCGUCGUCGUCCUGACGAGUACAUUAAUUCUAAGAGAUCCAACUAUGGUGAUGGAGUAGGACUGUACAGAACCCACCUCUUUGGAUCACCGGGAAUCAUAACAUGCUCCCCUUCAUUCAUCAAAUUGGUCCUCCAAUCGCCCGUCGACUUCAUCGUUGAAUGGCCGACUGUGGAUAUUCUAGGUACCAACUCUCUCACAGCACUUAAGGGAAGCACACACACCAGGGUCAGAGGUUUUGUCACAAGAGCCAUUAACCACCCGGAUCCUCUCCGUUGGAUCGCUCAGAUGAUGCAACCCGGGGUUGUUGCCGCCCUCCAGUCAUGGGCACAGAAGGGUAGAAUCAUAGCAAUUGAUGAAACCAAGAAGGUGAUAUUUGAGAAUAUCGGCAAGUUAUUUGCAAGCUUGGAGCCUGGACCUGUUCUUACUCAUCUUGAUGAGUUGUUUGAGGAUAUGGUUAAAGGACUUAGAGCUUAUCCUAUCAACUUCCCUGGAACUACAUUUCACCAUGCCCUCCAGUGCCGGAAGAAAGCCAUCGCAAUUUUCAGGAAUGAAAUGGAGAAGAAGAAGAAGAACCGAGAUAGCGCCAAUACAACGAAUGAUCUAAUGGAUGGGCUGAUGCAAAUAAAGGAUGAAGAAGGGAGGCAAUUAAGUGACAUGGAGGUGUUGGACAACAUUGUUAGCCUUGUUGUUGCAGGCUACGAAUCCACUUCCCAUUCAAUAAUUUGGGCUAUUCAUUAUCUUGCUAAGUACCCUGAAGUUCUCCAAAAGCUUAGGGAGGAGAAUAUACAGUUAAGCAAGAACAAGAAUGGGGAGUUCAUCACGAGUGACGAUAUUGCAAAAAUGAAAUAUACAAACAAGGUUGUGGAAGAAACGAUAAGACUGGCGAAUAUUUCACCAAUUAUGUUUCGAAAAGCUAACAAGGAUGUCGAGUACAAAGGUUAUAAAAUUCCUAAAGGUUGGAAAGUGUAUCUUUGGGUUAGAUACCUCCACACAAAUCCAGAAAACUUUGAAGAUCCAAUGUGCUUUAACCCGGAUAGAUGGAAUGAACCCCCAAAGCCAGGAACAUAUCAAGUAUUUGGCGGGGGAGUAAGAAUUUGCGCCGGAAAUAUGUUUGCUCGCUUACAAAUUGCCGUUUUUCUUCAUCAUUUGGCCAUAGGAUACAAGUGGGAACUCGUCAAUCCGAAAGCAGAGACGAGUUAUCUUCCACAUCCAAAACCAGUUGAUGGGGUUGAAAUUGUCUUUGGCAAAAUCUAAGAAGCACAUUAUGUACCAAUGUGAUGUUUUUUUUUUU